CCAACCAUCUACGUAUACAGCUGUACACACUGAAUUAAUUGCUAGCGGAGGCCUAUUAUAUUGCAGUAUAAAAAGUCACACUCGCUCGCUUGCAGCUAGCGAUUAAACAAACAUUAAUGGGAAACAUAAAUGAGAACUGCUCUUUGUACUCCUCUAAGAUGUCUUGUGAUUAAGUAUUUUGGCAAGAUUCCAAGUCGAUCUUGUCCAUCGAUUUUGAAUCUUAAUUUGUAAUCCACUUUUAACGAUAAUUCCACCUCGCCGUCAGACCACGAAACGUAAUCAAUUUUGUUGUCUCUACCAGAAUCUUCUUUCGGCCCCGGAUUAUGACAUUUUCGGAGCUGUUAUUUCUUCGAUUCCGUUCAAAGAUGGCGGAAUGAAGAAUUAUCCAGGCCUUAAGUGCGUGCGUAACCUGAGUUGCGGUGUGGACGGUAGACAUUUAAUUCGUUUUCCAACAUGGAAUUUUCCUGUUGCGCUGUCACAGUGAAAAAGCCGUUUCCACAUUUAUACGGCGUAGAUCAGGUUCCGAGGCUUCAAUUUGCAUUUUUAACCCAUGUUUUAACUUAAAAGUCUGAUUACAAAAUUGUUAAUAAACAAAUGUGCAUAAAGAUGACAGUGUUUGAAAUUACUAUCACUGGGAACCAUAUUGGUUCUCAAUAGAAUGUCAUCGCGGUGCAGGAUUUGUCGAAUGAACGGACUUGAAUUUUUUUGAACUUAAAAUAACAUCUGCGUAUUGCAAACAAACGUUGUUAAGAAUUGUUUAAAUAUGGCGCGGAAGCUGAAAUGAUGUAACGGUUGUGUAAUUUUGGCUUUCGCAAAGUCUCAACUAAGGUACCUAUUUUGUCUUAUUGCUUGCUGAACAAAUAUGAAAACCAUUACUGGUUUUGUGUUCUGGUUUUUAUCGCAACUUGUGUGGAAGAAAGUCUUAACAACUACAAAUCCGCCAUCGGUUGGUGUGUCAUACAAUCCGACACCGUUUCCAACAUCCCAGUAUGCGACAUUGGUUGGUACACUUCCACCUGCCUACUGUUUGAUAUCUCUUAAAGGUGACGAGGGAACGUUUGGCGAUAAGCUUACUUUGGAGACACCGCUGAAGCCAUCUGAAAGCCCUACGCCGACGACUGUGCCGACGUCCUCGCCGUUACCUUCAGCAACUACACCCACGACUACACCUACCAGCCCACCCGAGACCACAGGCAGCUGUGUUAAAUACAAAAAAUGGAAGAUCACAGUUCGUAAGGAGCACUUCGUAGAGAUGACCCUUGAAAGUAUCAAUCUGGGUCCUGGAGCAUGCCUGUAUAACAUGUUUUUGAUUGUAAAGGAUGCUGAUGCCAUGUCAAGUAAUGUACUUCAUAUUCAAUGUGAAGCAGAUGCUGUUCCUCGACGUAUAUGGUCCAGUAGCAAUGUAAUGGUAGUAGAGAGAUAUGGCAGGAGUUCACGAUCGACUGCAAAUACAGGAUUCCAUGCAAGCUACCAAGCAAUACCUUUAAGCAAGGGAGAAUCACCCAACUUUCAGUCAAAGGUGGAAAAUGUUACGAUACUUUCUUCCUCGUCGUCAAACUUGUUUUGUCAAGCGAAGCGUGGACCUGCCCCUGUAAUCACGUGGUACAAGAGUAGAGAUGGAAUAACGCAUCAGAUUCUACAAAAUAGUACGAGCGUUAUUUAUAAUUACGAGGUGUAUUCACGGCGACUAGACGAGGUUAAGUGUGUGGCAAGGAACUCUUUCGGGUCGGACGACAAAAGAUUACUGGUUAACACGCAAGAUUGCUCAAAGAUAUGCAGUUGUUAUGUGCCGAGGUCGGAUCCUUUUUGGAUCCGAGUUGAUUGCAUUUAUAUGUCGUACCUAGGUGUAUAUACGGUCCCACAAGACAUACCUGAUGCAGCCAAAUACUUGUUAUUUCGCUGGAGCGAUAGUUUGAGGCAUAUUAUUCCCGGCUCGAUGGGAUACUUAACUAAUUUACAAUACUUGGUGCUCGAAAGUACUUGGCUUAGCAACUUGACAACGAAUGCGUUUCUGGGACUCAAGAAACUGAAGUAUUUGGAAAUUACGGAGCAUAAUUCAAAACCGUUCACAAUUUUAGAGGGGGCAUUCAACGACUUGUCUUCCUUGAACUAUCUGUCUAUUCAACAUAACCGGAUUAGUGACCUCUUGCCGAAAGUCUUUAAUGGUCUUUUGUCUCUCAAAGAACUGAUCUUAAGUGACAAUGACUUGUAUGGAAUCUCAGUGGAAAUCAACAAACGGCUCGAAAAACUGGAUCUGAGGAGUAAUAAGUUAACAGGCCUUUUUGAAAACAGUUUUCGUGGCUCAAGGAGCUCGGUGAAAUACUUAGACCUACGUUCAAAUUCACUAACUACAAUAUCAGCGAAGACAUUUCAGAAUUUUUCUUCACUGAGAGAACUGUAUCUGGCGGAUAACCGGUUGAUUGAGCUUUCCCCCGAAAUCUUUCAAGACCUCACUGAUCUGCGAAUUCUUGACCUCUCUCGGAACAAAAUCACUCAGCUGCCUGGGAACAUAUUCCACAACUUGAAAAACUUGGAAACUCUAGACCUCUCUCAGAACGAAAUCUCUGAGUUACCUGGGUUUAUUUUCUUUGGCUUGAAAAGGUUAAAAACACUAUAUCUACAGGACAAUUUACUUAAAGAGAUUCCCCUAAGGACUUUCGAACAUCUUCCAGGCCUUAGAAUCUUAAAAUUGGACAGCUUCUCCUUGUGUUGUUAUGCCACACUGUAUAUUGAACAUGUACAAUGCGACUACCCAAAGACGGAGGGAGGUGCCUUGUCAAGCUGUAAUCGUAUGAUCGAGGCCUCAAGCCCCAGACAGAGCAUUUGGUUGCUCGGUAUCCUGGCUGUGCUUGGUAACCUGGCAGUCAUAGCAUGGCGCCUGAUUAGACGUGAUGAUCACCCGGUUCAAACCUGUCUUCUGACAAAUCUCGCUGUGUCUGACUUCCUCAUGGGAGUUUAUCUCAUGAUCAUCGCCAUUAAAGAUCUGCAGUGGGCAGGUUCCUACUUCAGCUUUGAUCUAAUAUGGCGUUCGGGAGCUCUCUGUAAAGUGGCUGGUGCUUUGUCAGUGCUGUCGAGUGAGGUCUCGGUACUGAUGCUGACGGUGAUAACCGCUGACCGUUUGAUAAGUAUCGUCUUCGCCUUUACCUGCUCCCGUUUGACUUUAAGAGGCACUUACGUCAUUUGCACGAUUGUUUGGGUCUCUGGAGCAAUCAUCGCCACUGUACCAACGUUUGACACCCCUUAUUUUUAUAACGAGGACAGAAGAUAUGGCUUUUAUGGUCGUUCGUCAGUUUGUCUUCCUCUUCAGUUGUCUCCUGAAAGACUGGCAGGCUGGGAGUAUUCAGUGGGUGUGUUUAUCGCUUUGAAUCUCGCAGCAUUUCUUUUCAUCAUGACAGCUUACAUCGCCAUUAUUGUCAAAGUCUCAAAAUCACAGCGACGAGUUAAAGCCCAUGGUGAAUCUAACGUGAGUUCCAAUAGCAUCAAAAGAGAGUCCGCUCUGGCAAGGAGAGUGUUCGCCAUCAUCUUGACGGACUUCAGUUGCUGGGUUCCUGUAAUAAUUCUCAGUAUCCUUGCUCUGACCGGCAAGUUUCAUGACGAAGAGGGAUUUGUUUACGUCUGGUUUGCAGUGUUUGUUCUGCCGGUUAAUUCUUCGGUCAAUCCUGUGCUCUACACAUUUUCCACGCCCAAGGUGAGAAGCGUCCUUAAAGGCUGGUUUUAUCACACUUUCCACCGGUGUACAUGUCUUUAUAGUUGCAAAAUAAGAUCUGCAAGUCACCACAUCUCUGGAAAUGACGAAGGAACCAUAUGCACCCAAGUGGAAACAGAGGAUCGCUAUGCACUUUCAUUGGACAUUAAGCAAUCCCCGAAUGACAGCCAAGUGCAAAACGAAAACAUUUAAAAAAGGCACAAUGGGGAGUGGUAUACUCGUAUAAGUUACUUUUUACGUUGCUCCCGCUUGCAAAAGCGCUUCGCAUAAUUCGCAUUUGUUCUUAGCAUGACCAGAGGAUUGAUACUGUAUCCGGCUCUGUCAAUUGUCUGGGUCAGAGAUUUAACUGAUCGAUAAGUGACUCUUAUAAAAUUGCAUGACCUUAUGGCGGUCACGUGGGUAGCUAGUGGUGUUUUCUGAUCACCCAGCAGUCUGAACUUUGUAUAUACUAGCAGCAAUGGCUGCUCCGACUAAAUUAUUCGACAAUGAUAUGCUAUUUUUUUCAGGUACACUCGCUAUAAAUAACCACUGUAGAGAACGAUACGAAAAUAUAUAUCGUAACAAUACCCAGGGUAUCAAUAGUCUGAAUGGUACCAUGAAGAAGAAUAGAAUAGAAAUUAAGGCAAGAUUUACUCCAUAGCUAAGGUCACAUCUAAAGUUAAGCUUGUCCUGGUUGCUUCUGGCAUUCUUUAGAAAAAAAAAAAAGCGUUCCUUAGAUUUCGGCCUCGUGAACAUGCCACUAGACCAGAACAGACUGUGUUCAGGCAUUUGUACUGAAAUGGUGCAAUUUUAAUUAUAUGGUUAGAGUGGCUAUGACGGAAACAGAAUUGAAAUAUUGUAUUUUUUUUACCAGGUGAUAUGCUUCUGUUUUUACUUAAUCAAAACUUGGUCUUUGGACCCUAGUUUUGGCGGUCUACGUAGGUUUUUUUACAAACUGUAUAUGUAUCUUAUAGAAUACAGUAAAAACCCGCGUGUAAGAACCUAGGGAUUUAAGAACCUUCAGGCAGAAAUUUGCUUUUCUAAUACCCCAAACUAUAAGAACCUGUUUAGCCAAACAAAUUCCAACAGGUUCUUAUAUGUGGGGUUUAACUAUUUGAUUUAUAUAUUUUUUUACCAAAAACCAAAAAUGUGAUCGAGAGUUUAGAAAAUUGAAUUGUUAAAUGAAACUCAAAAUGCACAAUGUAUGUUAGAUUUGUUAAAUAUUUAUAAUGAAGAACAGACCAGAUUUUAUACUAUUUUCUGAUAAUCAACAACAAUGUCUACUCUGUAGAAAUUAAGAACCUAAUUAAGAACCUACUUAGCCUAAACUGUCAAUAAGUACCCAGUAAUACAAGAACCUGUUUUGCCAAACUCUGAAAAAAGUAGGUUCUUACACGCGGGUUUUUACUGUAACAGGUGUUAGGGCCUUGGGAUCUUUUAGUAACUUUACCAUACGGGUAGUAGGAGCACAAGAUCAAGAAGCAAGUAUUCAAUUUGUUAUGUUAGACGUAGUAAUCCGCGUAAUGUCUCCUUGCUUAAUAGAUAAAUAAAUAUAAAACUUGUAAUACUUACAUUUUGUUCUUUAAUUCACAUCGUAAAUAAAGUAGUUCUUAAAUUAAAAGAGCUACGUCAGAGUUUGCAUAUCUUGAAAAGUUUAGUCUAAUUAUAAAUGUUUCAAGUUCG